AUGGCCCGCUCAGCGGAGCUUACACCCGCCAUACGUGAGCGUAUAUGCGAGCUCCACGCUAUUAAAUGGGGAUAUAAACGUAUUCAAAAGCGUUAUCCCUAUAUCCCACUAUCUACAAUUCGAUAUACAAUUAAGAAGGAGCAUGAACGACGAGAAGGUGUCUCUAAGGCACGCUCUGGUCGGCCAAAAAAGCUCUCUGACGCAGAGAAAGACCGAAUUCUCCAGGCUAUUCAUGGUAAUCCAAGAAUUACACGUGAAGAUCUACUCGCUGAGGUUGACCAUAAGGUGAAAAUUCGUUCGAUUCAACGCCUUCUAAACGCUGAGAACCUCCGGAAGUGGCGCUGUAGUUGGCGACCAUACUUAACUGAGGAGAAUGCCACGAAACGACUUCGAUGGGCCUACCGAUAUCGACACUUUACGCCUGAGGAUUGGGCCCGAGUUUUCUGGUCUGAUGAGUGUACGGUUGAACGUGGAAUUGGUGUCCGCCGGGAGUGGACUUUUACUCGUCCAAGAGACCAACCAAAAGAGGGCCAAGUCCAAGGGCUACCUCAGCGUGGAAAGCAAGUUAAGCAGAUGUUUUGGGCAGCGUUUUCAGGGGCUGUGCGGCGUACUGGAUUGAUCCCGCUUUUUGGAGAUCCUGAAUCUGAAAGAGGAGGUAUUAACCGCUUCGUUAUUGAGGAUUUAUAUCGUCGAAUUUUACCUACUUUAAUGGCGAAUGAAGACGCUAUAUUUCAGCAUGAUAACGCACCAACACACACUGCCUACGUUGUACGAGAAGCUUUAGAGGAGAUGAAUAUCGAGGUUAUGGAGUGGCCACCUCAUUCACCGGAUCUGAAUCCUAUUGAGAACCUAUGGGCAUUACUUAAAGCGGCAAUUUAUAAACUUCGACCUGAUUUGAUCCAUAUGAGGAAUAACAACGAAACAAAGGCAAUCUUAGUCGAGACAGCGCAACAGGCUUGGGAUGAGCUUGAUCUUAGCCAUUUUAGCCAUCUUUCGGAGACUAUGCCGCACCGUGUCGAGGCAAUUAUUGAGUCUCAAGGGUGGUAUACACCAUAUUAG